ACCUAGCCAAUGGCCACCGCGGCGGGGCUGUAGGGCGUCACGUCCGCCUCACUGUCAGCGGGAGAGGUCGUGGUGCCGAGUUUCAGGUUAUUUAAACAUCUGGCUCUCUAGGUACAGCUUCAUUGGCUGGAACUGCUAGUGGCUAGAAGCCAUGAAGAAACUUUUUGCAUAAAAUUUUCACAUGGCAGGGGCCAUGGCAUCUUCAACAAACUUAGACGUUGCAGCCCAGUUAAUUGUGGAAGAAUGUACUGCUAGCUAUAGCCUUCCGUCCAUGCCGGACAUCAAAGUGGAGCAUCAGCUUGACUCUAGCACAGAGGAAGGCCCAGCUCAGAGCGUUACCAUGGGAAUGAAAUUCAUUUUGCCCAACAGAUUUGAUAUGAAUGUCUGCUCACGAUUUGUGAAAUCUUUGAAUGAAGAGGACAGUAAAAAUAUUCAAGACCAAGUUAACUCUGACCUUGAAGUGGCAUCUGUCUUAUUUAAAGCUGAAUGCAACAGCCACACAUCUCCUUCCCCUGGUAUCCAAGUAAGACAUGUUUAUACUCCAUCAACUACUAAGCAUUUCUCACCAAUAAAACAAUCAACUACCCUAACUAACAAACACAGGGGAAAUGAAGUCUCUACAACACCUCUGCUUGUAAACUCUUUAUCAGUUCAUCAGCUGGCUGCUCAGGGAGAAAUGUUGUAUCUGGCCACACGUAUUGAACAAGAAAAUGUAAUCAACCAUAAGGAUGAAGAAGGAUUUACCCCUCUGAUGUGGGCUGCAGCUCAUGGGCAGAUAGCAAUAGUGGAAUUUCUCCUCCAAAAUGGUGCAGAUCCUCAGAUUUUGGGGAAAGGACGAGAAAGUGCCCUCUCACUGGCUUGCAGUAAAGGAUACACAGAUAUUGUCAAAAUGCUGCUUGACUGUGGAGUUGAUGUCAAUGAGUACGACUGGAAUGGAGGCACACCUCUACUAUAUGCAGUACAUGGGAACCAUGUGAAAUGUGUAAAAAUUCUCCUUGAAAGUGGUGCUGAUCCAACUAUCGAAACAGAUGCUGGCUAUAAUUCCAUGGAUUUGGCUGUAGCCUUGGGCUAUCGAAGUGUUCAACAGGUUAUUGAGUCUCAUUUAUUACAGCUACUUCAAAAUAUCAAGGAAUAAUGGUUGGCUCUUUUGCUGGUGUCAGUUCUUGGCUUGGACAUUUGUACUGCUUUUUAGCCCUAUAAUCAGUGACAAGGGUUAGUUGCUUUUAACUUUACCUCAGUUCAACUACUUGCUGGUUUUAGUUAAGCUUUUUAAUAUUCUUCCUUGUCUUUCUUUUCAUGUCGUUCAUAAAAUUAUACAAUGUCAUCCUUUUCUUAAAAAUAUUUUACAUAAUUUUAGAAGAAAAAGUCAGUUGUGCAUGAAAAUAUUUGUGAAUAAGCAGUUUCGACCAUCUAAACGUUUACACUGAGUGCAGUGGGUGGCACUGUGACAUGUGUCCCAUUUCAUGUCAUUGAUUCAUGUUCCCAGGACGAAAUUUGUUUAGAUAAUUGAGGUGUGAUACCACAGAAGAUACGCAUCUUUAGUAUUAGCAGUAAUAAAAUAUGCACCAGAUGUGAUUGUUUUCAAGAUCUCCAGUUAAUGCUACUGCAUAAGCUUUUGGCUUUAUCUGAUUUUUAAUUCGGUAGUAAAUUGAAGGGCUUUGGUGGUGGUAGUUUAAUUCCUACCUGAUUUCUUCCCAUGUCCCUUCCUGUUGUAGUCCUGAAACAGCUAGGCUAGAGCAUCCUAGGUAGAAACUUCUCUGAUAAAAUUAAGCCAAAUUACAAGUGCAGAAUUCCUAGCUCCUAAAUACCCUCCCCUCAGUAGCUGAAAGCAGCCAUCAGCUGUAUAGGAAGACAAGCCAAAUCCUACUGCAUUCCAGCCUUCUUCAGCCAAAGUGUGCUCCUUUGGAUCGUAGAAUCAUAUGAUAUCUCAAGAUGGAAGGGACUCAUAAGGAUCAUCAAGUCUAACUCCCUGCUCCUCACAGGACUACCUAAAAAUAAACUAUAUGACUAAGAACGUCACCCAGGCGGCCCUUGAACUCUGACAGACAUGGUGCCAUGACUGGUUCCCUGGGAAGCUUGUUCCAGCAACCAACUACCAUCUGCCUGAGGAACCUUAUCCUAAUGUCCAAACUGAACUUUCUCUGACACAGCUUCAUUCCAUUUGGUCACCAGGGAGAGAUCAGCACUUCUCCCUCUGCUGCUGCCCCUUGAUGCACUUGUAGGCUGUGAUGAAGUCACCCCUCAGUCUUCUCCAAGCUGAGCAAACCAAGUAACCUCAGCUGCUCCCCAGAAGUCUUACCCUCAAGGUCUUUCACCAUCUUGGUCAGUCUCAUCUGGACACACUCUAAUGGCUUGAUGUCAUUCUUAUGCUGAGGUAUCCAAAACUGCACAGAAUGCUCAAGGUGGGGCCACACUAAUGCAGUCUGGAGUGGGACAAUCAAUCACCUCCCUUGACCAGCCGGCUAUACUGUUCUUGAUGUACCCCAGGACACAGUUGGCCCUUCUGGCUGCCAGGGCACACUGUUGAUGCACAUUCAAUUUGCCAUCAAUGCAAACCCACAGAACUCUCUUUGCAGGGCUGCUACCCAGCCUCUCAUCCCUUCCUUUGGCAGAAUGUCCUGACAGCUGUUCAAGUAGAACAGCAAUUAUGAUUUUAAGAUUAGUUUAAAAAUUAGGCAAUGUGCACUGAUUUUCUGAGUCCCCUGCACUGAGUAAUGGGACAGGUAUCAGUUUUGAACAAAUAAUAGAUAAACUUCUGGAAGAGACUUCUCAGAAGCUUUUUCCCUGACUGUACAUACAGACCUCUAUGGAGAGUUUGCAUGUUUUCAUAAGCAUUUCUCCAUUGUGUCCACUAGAGGUCUAGCAUCCAGGCACAUCCAGGCACAUCCAUGCACCCCUAGCCCCUGCCUUUCAUCCUUGCUCCAUGUAAUGUUUCUAUUUGAAAAUAUUCCAUACACAAAGGAAAUCAGUACUGUUUAAAGUAUGUGCAAUAUGAUCCUGACCAAGGAUACUGGAAGGCUGGGGCAUAAUCCAGCCGAGUUCUUCUGAGCCAGGACCAGAAAAAUAACUCAAAAUAAUUUUGUUACUUCAAGGUGACUAGAUAUGCAAUAGGAGAAAACAUAAGGAAAAAAAAUCCAGAUUUAGAUGGAUUAAAUCUGAAUUUCCAACCAGAUUUCUCUAUAACUUUACUGAAACAUCGGUGUAUAGAAGGUGUAAAUUGGGCCAAAAUUAACCUCUGAAAGGUUGUGCAACAGCAAAUUCAGAGAUUCAUUUCUUUCAUGAAGCUGAAAACUGAAAUGUAAUGAACCUAAGGUGAAGGGAGGUGAAGCAGGAAAAUGUAAUUCACCUGCUGAUGCUGGUGAAAUCCUUGCUGCCUUUGACUAUUCUCUCUCUCCCAGACUUUAACACUUGUAUUUUUUAUGUACAGUUUUACAACAGUUUUACUGUAUCAUGCAUGAUUAAAUCAGGUGAAAGAAACAGUAAAUCCAGCAUGCCUUGAAAGCAAGGUAGGGAAUUGUUUCGUAAGGAAUUGUUUCGUAAUUAAAGUCUAGAAAAAUGUGUCUUCCUACGAGUAAUUUUAAAAUAACAUUAAGUAGCCAUUACUGUAAAAAUUGCAUAUUAUAAAUACUGAGAUUUAAUGGCUGAUGUAAAAACAAAUACCGAAUUUCCAUGUUGAAAAGCAAUGCAAAAAUAAUGCAAACCAUCUUUUCUGGAAACAUCAUAACCUGACCUGUUUCUGAUUAUUUUUUAAGACACUUUGUGUAUGGACAUGCUAUACAAGUGUGUGUAAGUACCGGAAUUUGCUUUUUUUGUAUUAUUUGUGUUACAGGAAAAUACUUGUUCUAAAUGAUGAACCUUCUGUAUCUGCUUUAUAUUUUGUCUUCCACUUCAAUAAGCAUUGAGUUAAUAUAUAGGAAAUAAACUGACUAAUUCUAAA